AUGUUCAACAGAAAUUGGAGCGGUUUUGUCUUCAAACAAGUGAGAAUUUCAAGAAGUUUUCGAUAGAAAACAUGCGCUUCAGGUCUCGCUUUUCCGAAAUUUUCGACAGCAAUGGUCGCGGUUCAAAUCAAGAGCGUAAGUUUUAUCGCUUUCAGACGUAUUGAUUUGAAGACUUUUCAGCGUGCACUACUCGUACACCCUUUAUCGAAAUGACCGACGCUUCACGACGUUCUCGAUCGCCGCUUCGACGGUCGGUUUCUCGUUCCGCGAGCACGGAAUCACCGACGAGCGCAUCGCCGAAUGCGAAAACUGCGAGGACGAGUUCGCGCACUGCAAAUCGCCCGGACACGGAUGGGAACUGCUCUACGAGGAGAAGGACAUGCUCGCGUUCAGAAGGCGCAUCGACGGUCCGUACGAAAUGUACGAGUACAAAUGCGUCGGCACCUACUACGACAUUAGUCCGCGCACGUUUCUCGAUGCACAGAACGAUUUGAAGUAUCGCCGGGAGUGGGACGAGAACAUUCAGACGAUCGAAGUGGUGCGGGAAGAGGACGAGAACGAGCUGAUCAGAUGGGUCUCCAAGUUCCCGUACCCGUUGUAUCCGAGAGAGUACGUGUACGUGCGACGUACGUGGGUGUCCGAAGACGAGAAGUUCGCGGUGGUCGACAGCGAAUCUGUGCAGCCCGAGGUGUUCCCGUCGACGUCCGACGCGAACGUGCGCGUCCGCUCCUACACAUCUCGAAUGUCGAUUCGCGCGCACACCGACUGGGAAUCGCACGGAGUCGACUACAUACUGACGUACUCGGACAAUCCAGAGGCCAACAUCCCGCGCUACGUGUACAAUUGGAUGGUCAACAAGGGCGGUCCCUACUUUUUGCGACAGGUUCACAAAGCCGCGCGCGAGAUUGAGAGCAGCGGACGGGAGGUGAGAUCGGCGACCGAAAAAGCGCUGCUGAGGAAGAACGAUCGAGUCACGGAACGUUCGAGAUUGAUUAGGGAGAAGGAGGAGCGGGAGCAGAGGGAGAAGGAGGCGAAGAAGGAAAACGAAGGCGAGGAGAAGAAGGUGAGAAAACCGAAUCCCGAUGAGAUACUACAUAUGAAAAUUCCAGAAGUGUGCAAAGCCGCAAAAAGCCCGACCCGCCGCCACCAAUUCGUUCGUCCUGCAGCCGGAACAAGUGAACUAUCAACGAACUGCCUGA